GACACGACGCAGGAGGUAUAAUACACGUGAAGUUUAACGAGUCCUAUCGCAGUUUUUAUUUGUGCAAACAAAUCUCUCAAUUCGCUUUGGUGGAGCUAUUUUUGGCUUGUGAAAUUGCCGUCGUCCUUGUAUUGUUUACAUUUUCUUCUACAUGUUCCUCAGUAUUACAUCCCCAACAUGUCAAACGUAUCGAUGCACGAUCCGUGGAGGAUUGAUGGAGCGGCUGACGUGCGCGAACUGGGGUCUCAAAUCAGGGACACUGCAGUGAGUGUGACCUGUUUUCAAGAUGCAGUGAGGAAGAGGAGAAGAAGGGGGCAUCUCAUGAUCAGUGCAGAAAGGGAGAGAGAGGGAGAAAAAGGGAGAGAGAGAGAGAGAGAGAGAGAGAGAGAGUCAGUCCCGCCGUGUUUUCUCAGCACAGUCCAGUCUGGCUGCUUCAGAGGAGACACGGAACCACUAUGUCCCGGACUACCUGGUGCAGGGUGACAACACUGAAGAAGAGGCACUUUCUAUCCAUGGAGGAUUGAUGGACCGCUAUUAUGGCCAAGUGGACAUGAUUCUCCACCCAGUACCUGUGGCACAAUGUCGAAUAUGAUUUCCCUGACUGCAAUAAGCAUUUUGUAUUUGCCAGUUUUGCUGUUUGAGGCGUUCGUUCUGUCCAAAGGGAAGUAUGAGAGGUCGCCGGUGCCGAGCUCUGCCUCCCGCCUGGUGGCAAGGAUGGACGGGGAUAUUAUAAUCGGCGCCCUCUUCUCUGUUCACCACCAACCUUCGGCCGAGAAGGUGGCGGAGAGGAAGUGCGGAGAGGUCCGGGAGCAGUACGGCAUCCAGAGAGUGGAGGCCAUGUUCCACGCCUUGGAUCGGAUUAACUCGGACCCGAACCUGUUGCCCAACAUCACCCUGGGCUGCGAGAUCAGGGACUCCUGCUGGCACUCCUCCGUGGCCCUGGAGCAGAGCAUUGAGUUCAUACGGGACUCGCUCAUCUCCAUCCGGGACGAGUCGGACGGCUCCAAGUGGUGCAUCGAAGGCGUGCCUUCCAGUCAACCGCCGCCGACCAAGAAGCCCAUCGCGGGGGUCAUCGGGCCCGGCUCCAGCUCGGUUGCGAUUCAAGUCCAGAACCUUCUGCAGCUGUUCAACAUCCCGCAGAUCGCCUAUUCCGCCACCAGCAUUGACCUCAGCGACAAGACGCUGUUCAAGUACUUCCUCAGGGUCGUGCCCUCGGACACCCUUCAAGCCAGAGCCCUGCUGGACAUCGUCAAACGGUACAACUGGACGUACGUGUCUGCAGUUCACACAGAGGGUAACUACGGGGAGAGCGGGAUGGAGGUGUUCAAAGAGCUCGCCUCGCAGGACGGCCUCUGCAUCGCCCACUCUGACAAGAUCUACAGCAACGCCGGCGAGAAGCACUUCGACAGGUUGCUGAGGAAGCUGCGGGAGCGUCUGCCCAAAGCCAGGGUUGUUGUCUGCUUCUGCGAAGGCAUGACAGUCCGCGGGCUGCUCAUGGCCAUGAGACGGCUCGGAGUAGCCGGGGAGUUCCUCCUAAUUGGCAGCGACGGCUGGGCCGACCGAGUGGAGGUGGUGGAGGGAUACGAGCAGGAGGCCGUGGGCGGCCUCACCGUCAAGCUGCAGUCUGAAGAGGUGUCCUCCUUCGACGACUACUUCCUGAAGCUCAGGCUCAGCACCAACACCCGCAACCCGUGGUUCCCGGAGUUCUGGCAGUACCGCUUUCAGUGCCGCCUCCCCGGCCACCCGCAAGAGAACAUGAACUACGCACGGAACUGCUCAGAGGAUGAUGAUCUAGAACUCCAAGACGGUUAUGAAAAUCUGGAGGACAACUACGUCCAGGACAGCAAGAUGGGCUUUGUCAUCAACGCCAUCUAUGCCAUGGCCCACGGGCUGCAGGACAUGCACACCCACCUCUGCCCCGGACACGUGGGGCUCUGCGACCACAUGAAGCCCGUCGAUGGAAGCCACUUGCUGGAGUUUCUCCUCAAGACGACUUUCACGGGCGUGUCCGGGGAGGACAUAUGGUUCGACGAGAACGGCGACUCACCUGGAAGGUAUGAGAUCAUGAACUUUCAGCGUGUGGAGUCUGGCCUCUACGACUACAUCAACAUCGGGUCCUGGCAUGAGGGCCUCCUCAGCCUCGACGACGAGAUGAUCCAGAUGAACCGCAGUGACAUGGUCCGCUCCGUCUGCAGCGAGCCCUGCUCCAAAGGAGAGAUAAAGGUGAUAAGGAAGGGGGAGGUGAGCUGCUGCUGGAUCUGCACGGCCUGCAAAGACAACGAGUAUGUCCAGGACGAGUUCACAUGCAAGGCCUGUGAACUGGGCUGGUGGCCCGACGAAGAACUGGAAGGUUGUGAACCAAUCCCCCUGCGCUACCUGGAGUGGAGCAAUCCAGAGUCCAUUAUCCAGGUUGUCUUCUCCUGCGUAGGCAUCUUGGUGACGUCGUUUGUUGCCUUCAUCUUUGUCCUGUACCGUGACACUCCGGUGGUCAAGUCCUCCAGUCGGGAGCUCUGUUACAUCAUCCUCGCAGGGAUCUUCCUUGGCUACCUGUGCCCUUUCACCCUCAUCGCCCGCCCUACCGUGGCCUCCUGCUACCUCCAGAGACUCCUUGUCGGACUCUCGGCCGCCAUGUGCUACUCGGCCCUGGUGACCAAAACCAAUCGCAUCGCGCGCAUCCUGGCGGGCAGCAAGAAGAAGAUUUGCACCAGGAAGCCGAGGUUCAUGAGCGCCUGGGCUCAAGUGGUCAUCGCCUCCAUCCUGAUCAGCGUGCAGCUCACCUUGGAGGUAACCCUCAUCAUCAUGGAGCCGCCUGAGCCCGUCAAAUCCUACCCCAGCAUCAGGGAAGUCUUCCUCAUCUGCAACACCAGCAACCUCGGUGUCGUGGCCCCACUGGGCUACAACGGCCUGCUCAUCAUGAGCUGCACCUAUUACGCCUUCAAGACCCGCAACGUCCCCGCAAAUUUCAACGAAGCCAAAUACAUCGCCUUCACCAUGUACACCACGUGCAUAAUCUGGCUGGCGUUUGUGCCGAUCUACUUCGGCAGCAACUACAAGAUCAUCACCACGUCGUUCUCCGUGAGCCUCAGUGUGACUGUAGCUCUGGGGUGCAUGUUCACCCCGAAGAUGUACAUCAUCAUCGCCAAACCUGAGCGGAACGUGCGCAGCGCCUUCACCACCUCUGACGCCGUGCGCAUGCACGUCGGCGACGGGAAAAUCGCCUGCCGGAGCAACAGCCUGCUCAACAUGUUCAAGAGGAAGAAGAACACGGGAAACGGCAGUUCUAAUGGAAAGUCUGUGUCAUGGUCUGAACCAGGUGCAAGACAUCCUCCAAAAGGGGAUCACAUGUGGCACAGACUGUCAGUGCAUGUGAAGAGACAGGAAGCAGGUUCGAAUCAGAUGGCUGUCAUCAAACCCUUAACUAAUACCUACCAAAACACAGCCCUGGAGUUCUCAGACCUAAGCACUAAGACUUUGUACAAUGUGGCUGAGGAGGACGAGAGCGAACCUGUCAGAUACAACGCCCCUGCCACUCCCCCCAUGAUGGCCCAUGGACAAAUGCCUUCCUGUGGGCUCAUAAAGGAUGUGAGUGAGGAAGUGGAGCUCUAUUCCCCCCAGCCUCUGCAGCAAAACAGCAUUAUGCCCCAAUGUGUCAUCAUGGACCACCUGGAGGAGGAGGAGGAGGAGGUGGUGGUGAACAAGUUCAACAGUGACAUCCCUGAGCUCAGUGAUAUGAUUAGCAUGCCUGAGUCUGUGAGCGGUGGCAUGCCAGUGUACCACCAGGCUCACCUCAUCCAGCACGAACCGAUCUUGCCCGCGCACUUUGACCCAUUCGACGAGGAGCCCACCUCCCCUUUAGAGGAGGAGGACGAGAUGGAGAACGAGCGGUUUGGCCUUCUCCACGGCUACAUGUACAACAACGCCCAGAUUCACGACGAGGAGGACUUGGUUGAGGUCAAGUUAGCAGUGGGGGACUCCGUGGCUCUGAUGCCUCCCUCCCCCUUCCGCGAUUGCUCCGGUCCUCCCGAGCGCCCAUUUCCCAACUCGCCAGUGUCCGAGUCAAUCUUGUGCACGCCUCCAAAUGUGACAUACGCCUCUGUCAUCCUCAGAGACUACAAACAAAGCUCCUCAACUCUGUGAGGGCACACUCGAAAUACUCCCAGCUAUACAAUAUUUUCAAGUUUCUAGUGACUUGAGAUGUAUGUGACGAUCUAUAAGGAAAAAACUCAUGUCUGUGGUCUUACAAGUCAUUUUCACUUAAAAGCUUUUCCAUGAUAAGGGUCAGCAAACAUUUUAAAAUUGAAAUGUUGUAUGCAGUAGUGAAAACUUCUCCUAUUACAAACAAACUGUAUAUUUCUAACAUAAGCUUUUAAGAUAAACAAUAUUCAGUUCAUAUGAGAAAACAUAAUUAAGAUGGUCGAUGUGUGUACAUUUACAAUUUAACAUCAUAAAUAUAGAUUUAUUUAAUAACUAUAGGUGAAAAGUUUUUAAACAUCUUAAAGGUGAUUAUAGUUUCUGUUUAAUGCAAAACAAUACACUUUGACAAUAUGUUAAGAAGACGUGUUUUGUGGUACACAUUGUGCGUUCUGUAAUAUAUCAGGGAGAGGAAGAUGUUUAAAGAAAGAGUUUGAUUUUUUUUAGAGGAAAUGAUCUUUUAUGCUUUCAUAAAUCACCAUUAGACAAUGAGGCAACGCUUUAAAUAUAAAGCAACAUCUAGCAUACAUUAAUUUAGCAACAGACUAGAAACAGGGGAGAACAGGUAAUUUGGCUGUAUCUUAAUGUGUCGAACCACAAAUGGUUGUUUUUACACUUUUGAUACUCUAGCUUAGCAUAAAGACUAGAAUCAGGGUGGAAGGCUUGCUUGGUAUUAAAACACAAUUUGUAGUUUUUACACGUUCUCAUAUUUUAGCUUAGCAUAACCAAUUGCCACCAAUAGAAGCAGAGAAAAACAGCUAAACUAAAACAGAUACCUAAAUGUUAAAAGAAAACACAUAUGUUAGCUUAGCAUAAAGACUAGAAUCAGAAGAGAACUGGUUUUAUCUAAAUGCCACCAAACACAAAUUAUUAUUUUAACGCUUUCAUUCAUUAGCUUAGCAUAAAGGCUUGAAGCAGCGGGAGAACAGCUAGUCUGGUUUAAUCUAAAUGCGAUAAUGUUAGCAGACGUAGAUAGUUUAGCAUACAGACUAGUAGAAGGCUAGAACAGCUAGCCUGGCUGUGAUAAACCACUGUAGUUGUCUUAGACAUGAGAGUUUUCCCCUGUUUUAUGCUAAGCUAAGCUAAGCUAGCUUCCGAAUGUAGCAUCGUCUGAUAUCCCUAAAUCUCAAACUCUUCCUUUAUGCUUGGAGUACAGGAUAAACAUUUUGUGUAAUGUUAACAGGACUGCUUGUUGGAAAAAAAAAUUAUCUGUGAAUUUCUGACUGAUACAAACAAAGUAUCACGAAUGUAGCAGAGGACAGGUUCAAGUGCCACGUUCUCAUUCAGACUUUUCUUUUAUACGUUUAUCUUAUUUCUAAGGUGUUGAAAUGCAAGUUAAGUUUCAAAAUUUGUAUCUUUUGUAAUUAGACAUCUGAUUUCAUAACGUGUAAGAUCAAUGACAUACAUACGUUUUGUGAAUGUAUGACUUGUGAAUCAUAUUUUGGUAUCCAGAUAAUAUCUAUACAAAUUACAGUAUUAGCGAGAGAACUCAUUAACUGUAUGUGUUGUGUGUGAUUGGUUGCGUACGCCAAUCAGUUUCCUCAAUAUUGACUUUUAACAGCCAAUCGAAAUCGUACAAUGUGAUAAAGUGCUACUGUUACCGUAAUAUUCUGAAUAAGCUAUUCGCAGCCUGAUAUACAGUAUAUAGAGCAGUAUAAAUUAAGUCUGCAAUUUUAAAGACUAUUUAUUGUAGACAAGCAUUUGAGGGACACUUGCUUGUUUGGAGUAAAUUAAAUAUUUUUUAUGCUUU